CUACACUAUUUUGGAUGCAGCAGUUAGCUAGAAUGCUAACGCUCAUGUAUAUAUGCUGUAGCUUGUAGCACAAGCUAGCCAAAGAGCCAUUUUACUGGUUGAAGUGUUUUUUUAAAAAGUAUAAUGCAGUUCAAUUUGCGAUGAUGCCACACAUUAUAUUAAGCAAGAUAUUCAUAAGAGCCUUAAAAUUAUAUUAUAAUCCAAAAUUAGUGUGAAAUUCACCCAUAAGCAACAUGUAAAUGGGAUUUUUUUUUCUGGCGUUCAAAAAGAACUCCCCAUUGUUUUGCCACCAAUUUUCGCGCACCGCAAAAGGGGUCUGUCUGUCUUUUGAGCAGGGGUUCUCAACUCUUAUUGCCGUGUCAAAAACAACUGGGAACUCGGAGAUCUCCAUGUUCCGUGCGUUCAAAACAGGGAACUCUUGGGAAAAAACAAGCUUCGACUGGGGGAAAAAAAUAUUUGAACGGUCAUCCAAAUCGGAAUUCCAACUCGGGAACUUGGGCCUCUUUCUAGUGCUGCGACCUGAAGAUCACUGAAGUCAUAAUUUGACCUCGUAUUUUUCCAAGUUCCCCGAAGGUUUUGAAUGCGGCAUAACCCUACGAGGUCUGCAGCCUGCUGGCAUUCUGUUCUACCUGAUAAAUAAUUUCACACACCUGAUGUCCCAGGUCUAAAUCAGUCCCUGAUUAGAGGGGAACGAUGAAAAAUGCAGUGGAACUGGCUUCGAGGUCAACAGUUGAGUUUGAGGGAUAUAGUGCAUAUUAUCACGCUUGAUUUGGGUUACAUUAUAGCAGAACUUUGUCGUGCUAUCUAGAGGGCGCAAAUGUUAUAUUGAGUUUAUUAUGCAUUUACAAUCUUGAAAGGUGUGGUGUUUUUGUCUGUUUAAAAUCACGGUUUUCAUUUGUUAGUCUCAUUUUCAGUGUAACAUACGCAUAAUCGGAAUGCUUGGACGUAUAUAAAUUACGAAUUAAACGUAGGCUAAGCAACCCAUAGGCUAUUGUACAGAACACGCUCAGUUGGCGUAACAGUUUGAGGUUCUCGUCGUGCGUAAUGUGUUUCUUCUCCCUGGAGACAUUUCUACUCCAAGCUGCCUUAUUGCAAUAUGUCAGCUAGAGGGCGUUAAUGGGAGUACACACAAAGUAGGUAAAGGGGAUUAUUAUCUCGUACCAUACUGUAAAUGUCCCUAUCAGCUGAUACGUACCACCCCUAGGUUGAUUACAGUGUUGUCCUGUCAUCCCUUACAAUCAAACGUGGAUGGUGCUUUAUCCUUGGUGAUUGAUUUGAGUUCACCGGAUGCACUGGCCACUCACAGACCUGGUGUGUGUGCAUGCAGCAGUAUGGAUCUGACGAGGCUCCCAAUGGAGAACGACCGCCGCUCUCUUUCAACAUGUCCAGCCCUUUACCCGUGGCUCCUUCAAGGUUAAGGGUGUUCGCUCAGGAGAGGCGAGCAUUCCCGCAUUCGAGAGUAAUGGUGUUUUUUUCGGCCGCUAGUGAGGCUGGAAAACCGGGCGAUGCAAUGUCUAGUGCAGGCUCUGAACCUAAAUCACCGAACCUAAAUCUGGGCAAGUCUCUCAGCAGCACGUUAAACGCAUCGCCAUCUCCAGAGUUUCCUGAGGUAAUUUCUCUCAAUGUGGGUGGCACCUACUUCACCACCCGUCUGUCCACAUUACGGCGCUAUGAAGACACCAUGCUCGCUGCCAUGUUCAGUGGACGCCAUCACAUCCCACGUGAUGCUGAAGGUCGCUUCUUCAUUGACCGGGAUGGAGCAUAUUUCAGGGACAUCCUGAACUUCCUGCGCGAGGGCGAGCUACCUCAGAGGGAUCAUGUGAGGGCGGUACAUAGGGAGGCCCUGUACUAUGCUAUUGGUCCACUGUUAGACAGCUUGGAGGACACUCAGCCACUCACAGGAGAGAAAGUCCGCCAGGCCUUCCUCGAUCUCCUACCCUACUACAAGGAUAAUCUGGAGCGCAUCGUGGAGAUCGCCAAGCUGCGGGCCAUGCAGAGGAAGGCGCGCUUCGCCAAGCUGAAGAUCUGCGUGUACAAGGAGGAGAUGCCCAUCACGCCGUACGAGCGGCCACUCUUCAACUCACUGCCCUUUGAGCGCACGGAGAGCGAGGCCAAACUGUUCGAACACCACUGUGAGGUGGACGUGUCGUUCGGGCCCUGGGAGGCGGUGGCGGAUGUUUACGACUUGCUCCACUGCAUUGUCAGCGACCUGGCGGAGCACGGCAUCACUGCCGACCAGCAAUGCAUCGGCGUCUGCGACAAACACCUCAUCAACCACUACUACUGCAAGAGGCCAAUCUACGAGUUCAAGAUCACAUGGUGGUAAAGUAAGGGGAAGACAGAACUCUCUCCCUUCCCGUCUGUCACUGUGUUUUUUGUUGUGAGGUGGACUUGUGUUGUAAUAGGCUGACUGAUCUCCUUCCUGGUCCCUCAGGUUGAGAGAGAAAUUGGGUUGUCAAUGUUAUUCCCCCUUUUCAAGAACUGAAACCUAUGAAGUGCUGAGUUUAUAGAAAGGAGCGAGUCGGACAGUUGUUGUUCUGUUUCCUUAUUGAAUAGUUGUGACCAAUGUUUUUUCUUUCUGUUUCUUUUUUUAUAAACAGCAUUAACCUAGGCUCUCAUUGGCUGUUUUAUUGUGUUAAACUCUGGGAGUUUUUGUGCUCAUCCAAGCUUGUGGACCAUCAAGUUUUUCAGAAAAGGGUCAAGUUAAUCUCAUAUUGUGAUUACAGUGUUGUCUGUCUCUUUAGUUUAAUUCCAAUUUAUGCUAUUGUGUUUUCUACGCUUUGCGUUUCUCUGUUAGCCACUUUGGUCGCGAGAGAAAGCCUUCACAAAUUAACUGGAUGCAAUUUAGCAAGCUGAUGAAAUACUUCUCAUCUACAUGAAGAGUAAAUGUCUAUUUUUGUUACUGAUGCUGGUAUUUUCUGUCACUUAACUCUCCCAUAAACCUUUUGAAGUUGU